UCAAACUAGCAGCACACAUCGCAGAGCUCAGCACGUGUUUUGUUUGUAUUUCUAAAAAAAGUUAAAAUUUUAAUAAAGACCGUAUAUAAUUAAAAAAAUAACAAAAAAAUGGGUAAAUUUCGUUCGAAACUAAAGCGCCAUAGCAAGGGGAAAACCUGGAGCAAAGGACAUUCCUCUACCUCCAAUCCGGAACAAAUGAAGCAUCGCAACAAAGCAAAGUCGAGAUUUUUUCAACCCAAUAUAAGUUUAGCUCCUCCUGAAGCCGAACGAAAUCCCAAUACCCUUACCCUUGAGGCGGUAAUGAAACAUGAGCAAAGACAGGCAUUUAAUGCUGAAACCACAACGGUUAAUGAUGUUGCUGGUAGUUUAAAAUCCUUCAGCCUGCAUGAUGACGAUGAGUUAAUGUCCGAAUCACAAGGUGGCACCUUUAAAACUUUCAAAACUUUCGCUUCCAACUACAGCACCUGCAGUAAUAUGAGUUUCAAAAAACUUCUCGUUGGCUUUCGUGCCUCCUCGGACUUUCACAAAGAAAUGUUGGCUAUUCUUACAGCUUUAACAGAAAUUAUUAAAGAAAGAGGUGGCACUGAAUCAUCAACAGAGUACUUUAUUUUGUUAAUGGAACAAAUUGAGGCCAGUACCGAGGAUAGUGAAAUCAUUGCUGGUGUUUCACUUUUGUCUAUGGGUAUUAAGUCUGUACCUGCAGCAGUAUUGCGAAAACGUUUUAGCGAAACAGCAGGAACUUUAAUGUCGUGUCUACAAAGAUUUAUGGAUUCCAAUAAUCAGUCGAUAAUUAAAUAUGUUAUUGGAUGUUUAUCGGUUUUAUUAAGAGCUCAGGAUUAUAUGACCUGGACUUACUCGUCAACAUGGCAAUAUAUGGAUGCGUUAUUAUCCUUUACGAUACACUCAAAACCCAAGAUACGUAAAGCUGCUCAGCAUGCUGUAGUUUCUAUUAUUCACGGCAGUUCCUUUAUGUUGCCUCCAAAACCAGCUGAUAACGAAGAGGAGAAUGAAACUCCUGUAGACACCAGCAAUCAACAACCACAAAUAAAGUUUCAUCCUGCCGGCAGUCGUGUUACCAAAUUCUGUUUAAAUCAAUUCAAGCCCGAAGUUCUGGCCCAACAACAAACUACUGUACUGCACACAUUAGCGUUGCUAAAAGAAACCAUUAGUGGUUUUAAGACCGACGAUAUAAGGACUGUAUGCGAACAUUUGCUGUCCAUUAUGACCGCCGCGAAUGUUUUGGUAAGAACAAAUUGUUUACAAACCAUGCAUCAGCUUUUUGUAUCACGGACCACAAACUUGAAUGGCCUGCUAUGCGCUAAACUGUUGACAGCUAUCCAUGAAUAUCGUCCAGAUCGCACAGAUUAUCGUCAAACAUUGGCCUGGUUAACAGUGCUCAAGGAGGGUCACAUACAUUUGAGUCAAUUGGAAUUGAAUUUAUGCAUAAAUGCUUUACCAAGUUUUGUGGAAAUAUGCUGCAGCGAUUUAUGGCUUUCGGAUAGAACCGAUAUUAUAGUAGGUGUCUCCAAUGCCAUUAAAGAAUUGUUAUAUGAAUGUGUUAAACCCGCCUGUGCCACACAAGAAUUGGCUAAUGUAUAUCGAGUACCCAUAACAAAAAUAUUGUCUUCAGUGCACAAAGUUUUAAGUGCUCCCUUUGGAGAGGUUGCCAAAUAUGUGGUCUUAACAUUCUCCAUAAUAUUCGAAGUAUGUGGUACUUACUACAGCAAAGAACUGUCGGCUUCGUUGUUGGAACUGGCAAAACGUUACGAUACUCAAUCUGCUUUGCGCAUACAAAUUGAACAUGCCAUUAUUUCGGCUAUUAAAGCCAUGGGACCCGAAAUUGUCUUGAAGUCCAUACCUUUAACUAAUGCUAAAGGUGAAGUUUUAUUGGAGAAAUCCUGGUUGUUGCCUUUACUUAGAGAAGGCGCUGCUGGAGCUAGUUUUAAAUUCUUUAAAGAGGUGAUCUUAGCCUUAGCUUUGGAUUGCAAUAAAAAAUGGCAUAAAUUUGCCGAUGAGAAGCAAGUAUCCAUGUCCCAUACUUACGAACUGCUGUGCUGUCAGUUGUGGGGUUUAUUCCCAGGUUUCUGUAGAGCUCCCAAAGAUCCUGAUAACUUUAAAUUAAUAGCACCAACUUUGGGUAAUGCAUUAGAUAAUAAUCCUGAAUUUAGGGCUCCCAUCUUCGAUGGUUUAAUUGAAUUGAUACAAAAUGAAGAACAAACUGUUAUUCACGAAGCUUUGGGCAAAUAUGCUAAAAACUUUUUACCCAGAUUGUUUAAUAUUUACACACAAAAACCCAAUGGCACUUAUGAACAAGAUUUACGCAAGAAAUCUUUGGAAGUUAUUAAGUUGUAUUUAACAAAAACACCCAAUGACAUGUUAAAAGAACUCUUUGAUACCGCUCACAAACAAUUGGAAGGCACUGCUGUGGGCACCUUUGAAUAUGACUCCAUUUUUGACAUCACUGCGGCUUUAGUAUUAUUCCAGACUUGCGAAGUUAUACGCAGCUUUUUCGAAACCUACAUAGUGCCAGUUUUAAUGAAGAGUGAAAAAUCAAAAUUAGUGACCAAAGAUGAACAAAAAUUGAAGAAGCAACAGCGCAAAACUUAUGAAUUAUUGCGCGAUAUUUUAACUUCUGAGGCCGCUUCGUGCAAAAAGUUUACACGCACCAAUUUGAUAGCUUUGCAAAAGUUACUUUUAGAAGCCUUCUCCACCAGUUGUGCCGUUUGUCAAGCAGCACGUUUAAGAUGUCUGAAAAUUCUUAUUGAGAAUCGCAAAAACAAUUCGAUCACCGAUAAGAUUAUUAUCAAAACUUUGCCAGAGGCUGUUAUAAAUUACAAAGAAUUUUCCACACGCAAAGAAAAUAUUUCCGAGGAAUUAUUAAAAUUAAUUUUGGACUUGUAUCAGGAGGCUGAAAAAUUAAAUGAUUUUGUAGACAUUCUGACGGCUGGCUUUGCUGGCGAUGAAUCUUUGAUUACCAAUACAAUUCUAGCCUUCCGUACAGUGGUACAGAGCCAGGGCAAGAACUUAACUGUUAGCACUUUGGAAUUCAUAAUGGAGCAAAUUGCGGUAUUUUUAGUGCAAAAAUCAAGAUCACAAGCUGAAGCUUCGGUGGCAUUUUUAAUCACUUUCAUUAAAGUAAUGCCUGCACCUUUGGUGGCCAAUCAUUUGGAAACUAUAAUGAAAUCUCUUUCGGCCAUGGUUAAGGAUACCAAACGUUUCUGUCGCAUACAAAUUGGUUAUUUAUUAAAGAAACUUUGCAAACGUUUUACUGCCGAAGAAUUGAUAAGAUUUGUUCCCGGUGAUGAUGAAGUUACUCAUCGUAGACUUAAAAAGAUACGCAAACAAUUGAGACGCGAAAAUCGCAAGAAACAAUCGGAAGGUAAUGCCAAGGACAGUGAUGAAGAGGGCUCCGAUGAAGAAUUUGUGCCUGGCUUGGAAAAGAAAAGUGUUACAAUCGAUGAUAUUUUGGCUGAUUCUGACUCCGAUUUACCGGAAGACAUGGACGAUGAUGAUGACCAUAAUGCAGCUGAUAAAUCUAAAAACAAAAAACAACGCAAUACUUUCAUACGUGAAGAUCCAGAAGAUAUUGUUGAUUUAGCUGAUAUUAAAUCAAUAGGAAAUGUUUUAACUAACCGCCCCAACUUGGAUGCUGCUAAAUCGGGUGGUAAAACAAAAUCUAGUGAUCCCAAUCGUGGCUUCAAAACCGCUGAUGAUGGUCGUCUUAUUAUUAGUGAUAAAGCCUUGCGUGGCAUGGAUGAUGAUGAGGGCGAUAGCAGUAGUGAUGAUGACGAUGAUGAGGGUGUUGAAAUGAAUGAGAAAAAGGCUGUUAAACGUGGCAUGGAAGAUGAUUCCAGUGAUGAUGAAGAUGUUGGUGCCAUGGCUCCCAGCCGUAAACGUAAAGCAGCUGAUGCAUUAAGUAUGCGUUCGGGUAAAACUUCAGCUUCACGUUAUACCACCGGCGGCAAAGGUAUUCAUAGAAAUGUUGGCGCUGCUUCAGAUGCAAUCUCUAUGAAAUCGGGUAAAUCUGGCUAUUCGACUAAAUCGGGCAAAUCAAAUCAUACAGGUGGAGAAUAUACCACUAAGAAAGCUAAGGGUGAUAUGAAAAAGAAGGGAAAAUUAGAUCCAUAUGCUUACAUACCAUUAAGUAGAAAUACUUUAAAUAAAAGAAAACGUGCUAAACAUGCGGGAGCAUUUAAGAAUAUAGUUAAUGGUGCACGUAAAGGAGCUUUAAAGGGAGUUAAAAGUAAAAUGGCUAAAGCCUAUAAAAAGUAAAUGAAUGAAAUAGAUUUUUAGUUUUUGUUUUUCUCAAUUUAAAAAAGAAGUUGUGUAUAUUUAUUGCAAAGAAGUUUUUUAUUAUGAAAAUUUAAUUAUAAUUCAAUAC